GUUCACGUGAUUUGGUCAGCUGAUAAAAGUGGUCGUUUGUCCCUUGAAGCUUGGAAGUGCGCUGUCAUUGUUGUGUCUGGAGUUCCGACAAUAAACUGGCCGAAGCAAUGAGGGGCCUGUUCCUGUUCGUGUUUGCUGCUUUGGUCCUGACCAACGAUGCGAUUGUGCGAAUUCCCUUGAAGAAAUUCCGCUCGAUCCGUCGAGAGCUCACUGACUCGGGAAAAGGUGUGGAACAGCUUCUGGCCGACAAGCACUCCCUUAAGUACAACUUUGGCUUUCCCACCAGUAAUGCACCCACUCCAGAGACCCUGAAGAACUACCUUGAUGCUCAGUACUACGGCGAGAUCGGCCUUGGUACUCCUCCUCAGCUCUUCACUGUCGUCUUCGACACCGGCUCCUCCAACCUCUGGGUUCCCUCCGUUCACUGCUCCUUGUUGGACAUCGCCUGCUUGCUCCACCACAAAUACAACUCUGGCAAAUCAAGCUCAUAUGUCAAGAACGGCACAGACUUUGCCAUCCAGUAUGGAAGUGGCAGCUUGUCUGGUUACCUGAGUCAGGACACCUGCACAAUCGGAGACCUCUCUGUGGAAGAUCAGCUCUUUGGUGAGGCCAUCAAGCAGCCUGGUGUGACCUUCAUCGCAGCCAAGUUUGAUGGGAUCCUGGGCAUGGCUUACCCCCGAAUCUCUGUGGACGGCGUGGCUCCAGUCUUCGACAACAUGAUGAGCCAGAAGAAGCUUGAAAAGAAUGUCUUCUCCUUCUACCUGAACAGGAAUCCCGACACUGAACCUGGUGGUGAGCUGCUGCUGGGAGGAACUGACCCAAAGUACUACACCGGGGAUUUCAGCUACACCAACGUCACGCGUCAGGCCUACUGGCAGGUCCUCAUGGACGGGUUGAACGUGGGAAGUCAGCUGAGCCUGUGUAAGGGCGGCUGCCAGGCCAUCGUCGACACCGGAACCUCCCUGAUCACCGGCCCCGCUGCUGAGGUCAAAGCACUGCAGCAAGCUAUCGGAGCCACUCCACUUAUCCAGGGAGAGUACAUGGUCAGCUGUGACAAGAUUCCCUCUCUGCCAGUCAUCACCUUUAACAUCGGUGGAAAGGCAUACGCACUCACUGGAGACCAAUACGUCCUCAAGGUGUCUCAAGCUGGGAAGACCAUUUGCCUGAGCGGCUUCAUGGGCCUGGACAUCCCCCCUCCAGCCGGGCCUCUCUGGAUUAUAGGCGACGUCUUCAUUGGCCAAUACUACACUGUUUUUGAUCGGGAGAACAACAGAGUCGGCUUUGCCAAGGCCAAAUAAGCACAACCUGAUCUGGUUACAUUUAAAAGUUCUUGUUUAUUUCUCAAAGUCUCAAGUGUGUCAGCUUUUUUUAUUUUGCCUUUCAAUCCGACGGUAACUGGCAAUAGAGUCUAAAUGCACUGAUUUUAGAAUGCGCUCAAGAAUCCUGGUUGCGUGAACAGAUGUGAGCUUCGGAGACAUAAUUCUCUUUCCUUUUAAAAUUUUCAGGGAUUUUAAAGCCUUUUUUUUUUUAGAUUGAAAUAUGAAAUGUGUUGUCCUGAUUUUUGAAUGAUUGAAAACAGAGUGAAUCUAAAUAAACUGUCUUUAAAAUUAAAGGUGUUUUUAGUGAUGGUG